CUUCGCGGCAAACCUGUGCUGCACUGCGCAAGUCUUGGAGGCCGUUUACAUAUGCAGAGAUGGGCGGGGCGAAGCAUGUUUCUCUUCCAAUUGUUUGACUUGGUAUCUAGGCAACGUAAGAGACGCUCUCGAGGGCAGCAACCGGGGAUCGGAGGCUGUGCCCGCCGGCGCAGCGAUGUGGACUGGUCAAGGCCCGUUGUGGCAGAGCGAUGACAGUAUCAAACAUGCUCAAAACGAAAAAGCAGCAGAAACUAUUCAGAGGGCUUGGUGGAUUCAUAUUAAAACAAGAUUGUUUAAGCUCUUGAAACAUACAAUCCGUGCAGCGGAGCACUGCAUUAGUUAUGAUAUUUUGAAAAGAGUGAGUCCCUUGGAGGCUGAACUUCUUAAUGAUCCUAGUCUUCUGUUCAAAGUCCGAUUCAGAUUUGCUGGGUCCAACUUUCCCCCUUUCAUUGUAUUCAAGAUAUUUUGCAUUUCAGGGGGCCAAAGCAGCAAAUACAUCAGUGGAAAAACAAUAAUAAAACCAAGUAGUGAGGCAGCUGUUGAUGCUUGCAGAUUAAUGGGAUACCGGAAAUAUUAUAAGCAGAUAUUACAGGAUGAGCUUCAGAUUAAAAGAUACGAAGUAACAGAUGAGAUAGAUAUUGCUACAGUAAAAGACUACAUGCAAUACAGCAGUUAUUUAGAUGAGACUCCAGCAUACUUUGGUGGCAGGCAUAACUACUGGAGAAAACUAUCACUGGAAAAUUUUCCCAGGACAAUGGUAAUGUAUGACAUCAUGGAGUAUGCACAGUCUGGGAAAAUGUCUGCCAAACUGAAGUGUGAACUUCCAUUUUUGCUGCUAAGACCAGAGAAUGAAGAGACAUACCAGGCUCAACUCAUGGCCGUUUGUCAAAUCAGAUGUGUUAUACCACAACCCACAAGAGUCAGACCACUGGGAUUAGACCGACUGUUAGCACCCAGAUCUUCUGAGCGUCGCUCUUAUCAAGCUCGACAGAAGAUUGCAAAAAUGAGGAAGGCUUAUAAGAUUCAUAAAGAAAAAACAGAACAGAAGAUGGAUAUUUCAACUCCUUUAACAGGUCAUCGGGAAGCUAAAAUUCCAUUACAGGAAAGCACAGUUAAUCAAACGCUAUUUGCAGAGGAAGAAUGGGAGAAAGAGGCAGCAAAGCUUUUUGCCUGGUGUAAAUCACUUGAAGAUACUGCAGAUAACUUCCAUUAAAUAUGUAUUUUCAAAAGCAACUCCCCAUUUGAAAUCGCACUCAGGUUUCUGUUGAAGAAAAAACAAAAUUCUCCAUAUGCCAUUCUCUUGGCCACAAUACAAAUACAGGCUCAACAGAACAUAAAUUCCAUAUAAAAACUAAGCUCUGAUUUAGGAGGAAAAUAAUGAAGUAAAAAAUUAUGGCUCAGAUCAUGUGACCACAGUAAUAAACAAGAAUAAAUGGAGAAGAAUGGAAGGAGAAGCCAUGGGAAGUCUGACAGCACAAUAACCAAUUAGAUUAUUGGUCUUUCAAAAUAAUUUGCUGGACACAGUAAAUAGAAUCAAGGUGGGGAAAUCAGUGUCCAGACUGCAGCUAAGAGGAGACAGGAGGUUGAUGCUAUGAAAGGGCUAAAACGGGUAUCUACUGAACUCAGAGGAAAGAGACAUUCUCCUUAAAAUGUAGCUUUUCUAUUUGAACAUGUUAUAAUAAUGAAAAACUCCAUGAGAUCAUUCUAUAGAAUCCUAAUAUUAAAAAUGAACAAAAAGCUAAGCACUUUUAAAUAUUAAAUGUCAUGCUCUAAUGGGAAAGAGUUCAGUACAUCUUUCAGCCUCUCCCACUAAAAUCUAUGGGACUUAAAAAGGUUUAACUUCAACUAGAUUUUGUCCAGUUGCCUCACGUCAGUAUUUCAUCUUUUCCCAAUUUGACCAAUAUGAUUUUUGUACAGUAAACCUGAACUACAAAGUAUAAUAAAGAUUAAAAAUAUUUUAUUUACAUUUUUCUAUAUAUACAGUUUGUACACCUCUUAGUUUAAAACAUAAGAGUACAUAUGCAUGUUUAGACAAAAUGCAUUCACAGAAUGGAAGGUUAACCUGCAAACAAAAAAAAGGGAAGAAAAAUGUUUUUAAAAAGUUGAGGCAAACCCUACAUUUUAGAAUUUCCUAGCAGCCCUGGAACAUUAUUUGAAAAAAUAUCCCAAAGGUAUGCUUGAGUCCAUGUAGAUAUUUGAAACAACAAAGUAUGCUCAUUUGCUACAGCACACAGUGAAGUUAGGAAAUAAUGUUUUAAGUCAGUCCACUGGAAGAGUUGUUUAUGGCACAUCAGUUUGGGGUACACGGAGAAUCACUAUGGAAUUCUGCCUGGAUAACUCUUCUUAAUGCUACUGCUCUUGGUAGAUUUUUAUAAGGGUUCCAGACUUUCAUCGAAUGAUAUUUAAGAGAUCGAUAAUGUCUUCAUGUUGCUGAAGCUGUAAUUGGAACUAACCUAUUAAAAGUUUUAGGACGAAUCCA